UCAAACACGUUGUGCCCAACGGCGCCUCGGCAGCACAAACCAGCAGCUCGGCGGCACCAUGCUGACGAAUCUUCUUUAUCUGUUUUGUUUUUAAGCUUUUAUAAAGUGGUGCAAUGGAAAAAAGCCGCAGAAACGACGAGGACUUCAGCUAUGUCAGUCCGGUCGUUAAAUAUCUGCUCUUCUUGUUUAACUUCAUAUUUUGGAUCAUCUCCCUGGUGAUGGUGUCCAUUGGUGUGUAUGCACGUGUGGUGAAAAAUGCAGAGGCAGCUCUGGCAUGUCUGUCAGUGGACCCUUCUGUCAUACUGAUGGUCGUCGGGGUCCUCAUGUUCUUCAUCACCUUCUGCGGCUGCGUGGGCUCUCUGAGAGAAAACAUCUGCCUCCUGCAGACGUUUUGUAUCUGUCUGGUAGUCAUCUUCCUCCUCCAGCUUGCUGCUGGUGUCCUGGGCUUCAUUUUCUCUGAUAAGGCACGAAGUAAAGUAACCGAAAUGAUCAACAGCGCCAUUGUCCAUUACAGAGAAGAUAUCGAUCUGCAAAACCUAAUUGACUUUGGUCAGCGAGAGUUUGGCUGCUGUGGCGGUGUGGCGUACCUGGACUGGUCCAACAACAUGUAUUUCAACUGCACGCCGACCAACCCGAGCAGAGAACGUUGUUCGGUCCCCUUCUCCUGCUGCAUAAUUUUCAAGACCGAGGCAGUUAUCAACACUAAGUGUGGCCAGGACAUGCAAAAUAUGGACUACGUGCAAGCCGGAGACUACAUCCACACCAACGGCUGCAUAGACAAAGUGGUUAACUGGAUCCACAGUAACCUGUUCCUGCUGGGAGGCAUCGCUGUGGGAUUGGCCAUACCACAGCUGGUUGGGAUCCUCCUCUCUCAGAUCCUGAUCAAUCAGAUCAAAGACCAGAUUGAACUCCAGAACUACAACCUGAGGCACCAGUCUGAUCCAUGGAGCUGACCCCAGGGGGAUCUGACCAAAUCAAAGAAAGUGACAGCAACUCCAACAGGAGUUCAUCAGCCCUUCCCUUUAAAGACAAAAAAAAAAAAAAGUUCCCAAGACUCUGCUGCCCCCUGCUGGAUUUAAACAAAGUUUAUUUUUGCAGAUAGAAUU